AUGGCAGACAAAUACAUUCACGGCCACUCAGCCGCCGUUCUCGCCGCUCACUCUCGGCGCACCGCCCAGCGGGAUGCAGCGUAUCUCAUUCCUCACAUCAAGCCCCACUUCGACAUUCUCGACAUUGGGUGCGGACCAGGAACCAUAUCUGCCGACUUGGCCACUCUCGUGCCUCAAGGGAGGGUGACAUGCGUCGAAAUCACCGAGUCGGCUCUCAAUGCAGCACGCAGCACAUUUACUUCUCGCUCCCUUGGCAAUGGCGACUUUGUGGUCGGAGAUGUGACCUCUCGCCUACCGUUUGAGGACGAUAGUUUCGAUGUCGUACAUUUACACAUGGUCAUUAUGCAUCUGCCCUGCGACGCCACUGUUGCACUGAAAGAGGUCCGAAGAGUGCUCAAGCCAGGAGGCGUCGUUGGAUGCAAGGAGAUGAUCAUGAGCACAACCAGGUGGUUUCAGGUGGAUAAGAGACUCGACAUGUGGGAGAAGGCGAUCACGGGCACGAUUCUCGAGACCGGAGGCAGUCCGGACAUGGGGAUGGGCUUGAAGAGCGCUGCACUGGAAGCUGGGUUUGAACAGCAGAAGGUGCAGAGCACGGCAAGUUCAUGGUGCUUCUCGGACGAGGAGGCAGUCCAAUUCUUUGGCGAUAGUUGUGCGGAAAGAUUCAGGGAGGGAAGCCAGCUUCGGGAAAAGACUAUCGGAGGAGGCCAUGCAACACCCGAGGAGGUUGAUGACUUUGUCAAAGCUUGUCAUGAAUGGAAGGAGAAGAAGGGAUCGUGGUUUGGGGUUAUGAAUGGAGAGCUUUUGGCGUGGAAGUAG